AUGCAGGUGCGGGUGAAGGUGUACCGGCUGAGCCAGGAGGGCCGGUGGGACGACAAGGGCGCGGGGUACGUGUCGGUGGAGUUCCUGAACCAGUGCGAGGCUCCAGGGCUGGUGGUGGUGUCGGAGGAGAACCACGGCAAGCCGCUGAUGGUGCACCGGAUCCGACGGGACGUGCCGUACCACCGGCAGGGCGAGGACACGAUCAUAUCCUGGCAGGACCCGGAGUUCGGCACCGAGGUGGCGCUGAGCUUCCAGGAGAGCGUGGGCUGCGACAGCAUCUGGAACGAGCUGGGGGCGCUGCACCCGGAGGUCUUCGGCGGGGGGCCGGGCGCGCGGCGGCGCGGCUGCGUGGAUGAGUUCGAGAGCGUGACGUCGGUGAGCGGGGAGGAGCCGGGGGGGCCCUGCGCCGUGGAGCUGCCGCCGCCGUUGAUGGCUAACCUGGAAGAGCUGGCGCGGGUCCUGAACGAGGCCGGGCUGCAUCAGCGGGAGGCGUUGGCCGCGCAGCUGCUGCAGUGCGACUACAUCCCCAAGGUGCUGAAGAUGUUCGAGACGUGCGAGGACCUGGAGGACAGGGCGGCGCUGGUGAACAUAUACCGAGUGGUGCGGGGGAUGAUCAUGCUGACGGACUCCGCGCUGCUGGAGGAGCUGCUGAAGGAGCAGCACGUGAUCCCGGUGGUGGGGGCGCUGGAGUACGACCCCGACGUGCCUGUGCACAUUCGGCACAGAGAAUUCUUGCGGGACAAGGCCCUGUUCAAGGAGGUGGUGCCGGUGACGGACGAGAAGGUGAAGGCCAAGAUUCACCAGACGUACAGGAUACAGUAUCUGAAGGACGUGAUCUUGCCGAGGGUGCUGGACGACCAAGCUUUCACGACGAUGAUGUCCCUGGUGCUGUUCAACAACAUGGACGUCGUGUGUGCCCUGGGGCGGGACGAGAAGUUCUUGCCAGAGCUGUUCAGGCAGCUGCAGGAGGGGGCGAUUGGGGACCAACACUGGGCAGACCUGGUGGCCUUCCUGCAGGAGUUCUGCAGCCUGCUGAGGCAUUUGCAGCCUGCGCUGCGUCAGCAGCUGUAUGCCAAGCUCGUGGAGCUGGGGCUGUACAGAGUUCUGACCCGGGUUAUGAAGGAGGGCAAGACAGGCAUGAGGCUCAAGGUGGCAGACAUCCUGUUGUCGGCUGUGCAGCAGGAUGGGCAGUCAUUGCGCUUGUUCCUGGUGGACCAGCCAGACCAUGAGUUGUUCUUCUUGCUGGUGAGGGAGUUGACCGAGGGGGCCGACUAUGGCCUGUCUGAGCAGAUCAUGGAUGUGAUCAGGACGAUGCUUGACCCUGAGACGAUGGACCAAGGUGCUUCCGACAAGAAGAUCAUCGACAUCUUUUAUGAGAAACAUCUGUCUUCGUUGGUAGAGGCACUCGGGAGCGGGCUGGGAGGAGCUGGGCAGCGCCAGGACAGGUGUCUAGCUGCCCCUAGCAGAGGCCUCAUUCUGGAACUCCUGCGGUUCUGUGUGCAACACCACACAUACAAUAUCAAGUACUAUGUCUUGAAAAACAAUGUACUGGAAAAGGUGCUGACACUGCUGAGGGUGCCUGAGAAAUGGCUGGUGGUGGCUGCCCUGCGAUUUGUGAGGACAUGUGUAGCGGAGAAGGACGACUUUUACAACCGCUAUCUGAUGAGGAACAAUCUGUUCGAACCUGUGGUAGACCUCUUUAUAGCGAAUGGGGAGAGAUACAACCUGCUCAAUUCCACAGUGAUCGAGCUGAUGGAGUUCAUCCGGAAGGAAAACAUAAAAGCACUGAUCGUCCACAUCGUCGAGAAGUUCUACCACAAGCUGCAGGCUGUGACGUAUGUAGAUACCUUUGCACAGCUCAAGCAGAAGUAUGACCAGUCGAUGGAGAGGGGUGGAGGGGGCUUCACCGAUGGUUUCGGCCCCGUGCUGGGCUCAGCCUCCAACCGACGAGACCCAAGGGAGAUGGAUCGUGAUGAGGAGGACUAUUUCCGCGAUGCUGGAGAGGAGACGGAUAUCAUGCCGGCCACUGCGAUGGCGAUUGCGCCCGCUGCAGCCAUGGGUGGCCCUGUGUCCAAUGGACCUCUGAGCAACGCAUGCGAUGUGCGGCUUGUGCCAUAUGAGGAGGAUGAGGAUGAGGAGGCAAAGCCUGAGGGUCAGUUGCAUGGGGGAGGGCAGGUGGCCACAAGUCCUGGUGUAAGCAACGACCAGGGCAGCAAGAGGCACCCAGAGAGGGCCUCUCCAGAAGGGAGUUUUAAGAGAUCCAAGCCCCGCUGA